GCGUCGAAUGCGAAAGAAUUCCUUCAUUCUGUAUAUUUCGAGCAGCUAAACUAACCGACAUGGACUUUUUAAGUAAUAUGGUAUUAAUAGUUUUUUUGAUACUGAAACCGAGUCUCAUUUUUGCUGAUGACCCGUUUUCGAAUGUCCAGUUGGUUAUUGAGGAUGCCCAAGGUUCCUGUAAGAAGGAAGAUCAUUUAUCGAUUAAAAGUGAGCAAGAAUUGAGAGAAGCAUUGGAGAAAAAAUUACUGAAGUUUUUGGCUGACAAUCCUGGGCAAGAGAUCGCUAUAACAACACAAUUGAUAGCGAAUGAAAUUUCAUGUUCACCAGGAUGGUAUAAAGCGAGCAAUAAUUAUUGUUACAAAUAUUUUACACAUGGAGCAAAAUACGAAACUGCGAAAUCAAAUUGCGAAAAUGAAGGAGGAACUCUCGCUGCUGCCGGAAUUCGAGAUUUCGUCGUUCGGAUGGAAUUGAUUCAAAGCAUGGGCAUUAAACAAAACAUUUGGAUCGGUGUGGAUGACAUAAUAGAAGAGAAGAGUUUUAUUUGGGCGGAUGGUGGAUGUUAUGUUGAGUCAGAUACUAACUGGAGUUAUAAACAACCGGACGACCACAAUGAUAAUGAGGAUUGUGUUCAAUUGUAUCAUACCAAUGGGAAAUUGAAUGAUAACAACUGUGAUAUCCUAUUAUCAUACCUUUGUGAAAAAAAACUAUGAUUUCGUAAAAAUGCCCUUGCUGUAAUCAAGGAAGACUUGUGGACAAUGUUACGAAACAAUACUGAGAAUUAGGAAAGUAAAUAUUACAUGUUGAAUUAACAUUCCGAUAGAAUUCUGUAAAUUACUACGCUGUAACAUAUUGAGAUUUUCAAUCGCUAUAUGAUAUUGUUUAGUUUAUUGUGAAUAAUAUAAAACACACAGGAGUCAUGUUAAAGGCCAAAUAUUCAAACUUAUAAGACAAGAUAUAAAUUGUAGUUUGCACUUUAUUUUCUUGGCUCGUGCGAAAAUCUCAUUUUUCAUCAAGCAAGAAAUAUUUCUUUCUAGUUUUUCUGCCUGUAAAUUCAUUAGCAUUCCAAUUUUGUUAUUUUCAAUGUCUUUGUAGCCAGAUCGUAGCCAAAGACUAUCAUAAAUGCUAGUAAAUAUUGAAGUGUCUCACUUUCCUUCUUCUCUUAUAGUCUGUAUGUCAAACGAUGGCGAUUACUUAUUUUAACAGUCUCAUAUUUCAUGUUUUUGAAUUUGAGUCUCUAUAAUCUUUAUGUUGAUAAAAUACUUUGUUGUAAAAUUGCUUAUGGUAAUUGUAACUUCUCUUCGAGCCAUACUAUCUUACUAUCUUUUUUUUUCAAAAAUCAACUAACAUUGAACUUUUUUUGCUUAAUCCCUAAAAUGCCAU